GAGUUAUGACCGAAGUUCUAGGAGUUUAGAUCAAGAUUCUCCUUCAAAAAAGAAAAAAUUUCAAACUAAUUAUGCUUCUACCACCCAUUUAAUGACGGGCAAGAAAGUGCCAUCCUCCCUACAGACGAAGCCCAGUGACUUAGAAACAACAGUGUUUUAUAUUCCUGGAGUAGAUGUAAAGUUGCAUUACAAUUCUAAGACAUUAAAGACUGAAUCACCUAAUGCCUCCAGAGGAUCAUCCUUGCCUAGAACACUCUCCAAAGAGUCCAAGUUGUAUGGUAUGAAAGAUAACGCAGCAUCUCCUUCUUCUCCUCCUUUACCUUGCACUGUCCAGAGCAAGACUAACACCUUACUUCCUCCCCAACCCCCACCUAUUCCUUCAGCCAAAGGAAAAGGAAGUGGAGGAGUAAAAACAGCCAAGCUGUAUGCCUGGGUAGCACUUCAGUCAUUACCAGAAGAAAUGGUUAUUAGCCCUUGUCUAUUAGACUUUCUGGAAAAGGCUCUGGAAACUAUCCCAAUUACACCAAUUGAAAGGAAUUAUACAGCAGUCAGUUCACAAGAUGAAGAUAUGGGACAUUUUGAAAUCCCAGAUCCUAUGGAAGAAUCAACAACAUCCCUAGUGUCAUCUUCAACGUCUGCUUACUCUUCCUUCCCUGUAGAUGUUGUGGUUUAUGUUCGAGUUCAGCCUUCACAGAUCAAAUUUAGCUGUUUGCCUGUAUCAAGAGUAGAAUGCAUGCUGAAGUUACCAUCUCUGGACUUGGUGUUUUCUUCAAACCGAGGAGAACUAGACACUUUGGGAACCACAUACCCUGCAGAGACCUUAUCUCCUGGCGGUAAUGCUCCUCAGAGUGGAACAAAGACCUCUGCCGGCAAAGCUGGAAUACCAGGUUCUUCAGGAUUAGGCAGCCCACUUGGCAGAAGUCGACACAGUAGCAGUCAGUCAGAUCUUACUGGCUCCAGCAGCAGUUCUUCUGGCCUGAGCUUCACAGCAUGCAUGUCUGACUUUUCCCUAUAUGUGUUUCACCCCUAUGGUGCAGGGAAGCAGAAGUCCACUGUUUCAGGUCUCACAUCUGGAUCAGGAGGACUAGGGAAUGUAGAUGAAGAACCUACUUCAGUCACUGGUCGAAAAGACUCAUUAAGUAUAAACCUUGAGUUUGUAAAAGUGAGUUUGUCUCGAAUAAGGCGCUCAGGAGGUACCUCAUUUUUUGAAAGUCAAUCUGUGAGCAAGUCUGCAAGCAAAAUGGAUACUACAUUAAUCAAUAUAUCUGCUGUUUGUGAUAUAGGAUCUGCUUCAUUUAAGUAUGAUAUGCGCCGACUCAGUGAAAUCCUAGCAUUUCCAAGAGCCUGGUAUAGGAGAAGUAUUGCAAGGCGCCUAUUCCUUGGAGACCAAACUGUAAAUUUGCCAACAUCUGGUCCAGGGACUCCUGAUUCUAUUGAAGGGGUGAGCCAGCACCUUUCUCCUGAGUCAUCAAGAAAAGCAUACUGCAGGACCUGGGAUCAACCAAGUCAGUCAGCCUCUUUCACUCAUAUGCCUCAGUCACCCAAUGUGUUCAAUGAGCACAUGACCAACAGUACCAUGUCACCAGGGACAGCAGCACAGAGCCUCAAGUCCCCAGCCUCCAUAAGAUCAAGGAGUGUGUCAGACUCUUCAGUUCCUCGAAGAGACUCAAUUUCCAAAACAUCAACUCCUGUUAACAAAUCAAACAAAGCAGCAAGCCAGCAAGGGACUCCGUGGGAGACACUUGUUGUUUUCGCUAUCAACCUGAAACAACUAAAUGUUCAAAUGAAUAUGAGUAAUGUCAUGGGAAAUACAACUUGGACAACUAGUGGUUUGAAAAGUCAAGGCCGCCUUUCUGUAGGAAGUAACCGUGAUCGAGAGAUUAGCAUGUCUGUCGGUUUGGGAAGGUCACAGUUAGAUUCCAAAGGAGGAGUAGUUGGUGGGACCAUCGAUGUCAAUGCUUUGGAGAUGGUUGCUCAUAUUUCUGAACAUCCAAAUCAGCAACCCAGCCACAAAAUACAGAUCACCAUGGGUUCUACUGAAUCUCGGGUUGAUUACAUGGGCUCAAGUAUCCUCAUGGGUAUCUUCAGCAAUGCUGAUCUUAAGCUUCAGGAUGAAUGGAAAGUAAAUCUAUAUAACACCCUGGAUUCAAGCAUGACUGAUAAAAGUGAGAUUUUUGUGCAUGGAGAUUUGAAGUGGGAUAUUUUCCAAGUAAUGAUAUCAAGAUCAACCACACCAGACCUGAUAAAAAUAGGAAUGAAGCUCCAGGAAUUUUUCACACAACAGUUUGAUACCAGCAAACGAGCUCUAUCAACCUGGGGACCUGUUCCUUAUCUUCCACCCAAGACAAUGACUAACAACCUAGAGAAAAAUUCACAAGAACAAUUGCUUGAUGCUGCACACCAUCGACAUUGGCCUGGGGUGUUGAAAGUGGUAUCUGGAUGCCAUAUAUCCUUAUUUCAGAUUCCAUUACCAGAAGAUGGCAUGCAAUUUGGAGGAUCCAUGAGCUUACAUGGAAAUCACAUGACCUUGGCUUGUUUUCAUGGUCCAAAUUUCCGUUCAAAAUCCUGGGCCCUUUUCCAUUUAGAAGAACCAAAUAUCGCCUUUUGGACUGAAGCUCAGAAAAUCUGGGAAGAUGGCUCUAGUGAUCAUUCUACAUAUAUUGUUCAAACACUGGAUUUUCAUCUGGGUCAUAAUACCAUGGUUACCAAACCAUGUGGUGCUCUGGAAAGUCCCAUGGCAACAAUAACCAAGAUAACAAGGCGUCGCCACGAAAAUCCACCUCAUGGAGUAGCAAGUGUAAAAGAAUGGUUCAACUAUGUCACUGCCACAAGGAAUGAAGAACUAAACUUACUUCGUAAUGUUGAUGCUAAUAACAUGGAGAACAGUACUACUGUGAAGAAUUCUAGUUUGUUGAGUGGAUUCAGGGGAGGUUCUAGCUACAACCAUGAAACAGAGACUAUCUUUGCAUUACCAAGAAUGCAGCUUGAAUUUAAAUCAAUUCAUGUUCAAGAACCACAGGAGCCUUCUUUACAAGAUGCCAACUUGAAACCCAAGGUGGAAUGCAGUGUGGUGACAGAAUUUACUGACCACAUUUGUGUGACUAUGGAUGCUGAGCUCAUCAUGUUUCUCCAUGAUCUAGUGUCAGCAUAUCUGAAGGAAAAAGAAAAGGCCAUUUUUCCACCUCGGAUUCUAUCUACUCGACCAGGACAAAAAAGUUCAAUUAUUAUACAUGAUGAUAAUUCCUCUGACAGAGAUAGAGAAGACAGCAUCACUUACACCACUGUGGAUUGGAGAGAUUUUAUGUGCAACACAUGGCAUCUGGAGCCUACUCUUAGAUUAAUUUCUUGGACUGGAAGAAAGAUUGAUCCAGUAGGUGUUGAUUAUAUUCUUCAAAAAUUGGGCUUUCACCAUGCCAGGACUACUAUUCCCAAAUGGCUUCAGAGAGGAGUGAUGGAUCCCCUGGACAAGGUGCUGUCCGUUCUCAUAAAAAAACUUGGCACUGCACUGCAGGAUGAAAAGGAAAAGAAAGGAAAAGACAAAGAAGAACACUAGAAUAGUAGCUUAAUCUGUGAAAAACCUGAUUAUAUCCGUUAAGUUUUAUUACACUGGAUUUUUUUUUUCAGCAUAACUUUUAAGUAUUACUUUAAAAUAAUUCUAAUUUUGUGGCCAUUGUAACAGUUUGUAAGUUAAUCUGUUUAUUCUAGUUCUACCAUUCUGUAUACAGUAAAGUAUUGCAUGAAAAUGUAAAUUUUGUGGAAAACUACAUUAAAAUAUAUGCAUAAAAUUUAUGAUUGUUUUAUGUGCAAUAUGAUUACUGCAUUUAAAAUAUUUGAAGAGUAACUGUGAAUUUUUUUGUUACUGGCCAUAACUUUUAGAAAAAAUCUUGUUGAUAAUGUGAUUGGGGGGUGUUUAAUUUUUUAUGUAGACUUGUAUAAAUACCUAUUUGUAUAUAAUUUGAGUAAUUGUGAUGAUUGUAUACCACAAAAAUAUUGUUUGUAACUAUUGUAAUAAAGUCAACAAUAAUGGCUUCAGUCUAUA